AUGGACAUCACCAACUUCGUUCUUGCCGCCAGGAACCAGGCCCUUCUGUACGGAGACUACUCGACCUACCACAGACUGUUGACCAAAAAGCUGCACAACUGUCGCAAGAAGCUCAAGCUCACGUCCAAGAACCGAUCGAAAUUCGUCAAGAAGGGACCGGUCGCGGCAGAGCAGAUCGCAGAAGAUCAUGAAUACCUUCGCCUUGUCCUCCUCACUGCAGAGCGGGCUUGGGCCCAUGCUAUGAGGCUUAAAGCCAUCCACUCUACAGACAGCAAGGGAAUCACUGGCCGAACGCGCAGCCACAUUGUAUCGCGACUAGACAAGGGAGCCCGAAUUGCUGAGCAGUUGGUCGAGCGGCUGGUAGAUGGCACCAGUGGUGCAAGCAACACCGACGCCCUGGAAGCUCGCGCUUAUGCCUCCAUGAUUCGAGGUUCCGCCCAGUUCGAGAAGCAGAGCUGGGAGCCAUGCUUGCGAAGCUACUCCACUGCACGCAUUAUAUACAGUGCGCUGACUACGGCUCUGAAAACUGACACCAUCAAGGACCUGCUCUUGGAGACUAUUGAUCCCUCGAUACGAUAUGCAGCAUACCAGAUCAAGAUACCCCGAACCUUGGCGAUUCCGACUAUUGCGAGAAAGGCAUUCCCCUCUGAUUCCUCAUUAGUUGAGCAUAUCAACAGAUUAGACCCUGACCUGCUGAAGCAGGGCGGGUCGGAAGCACAGAAAGGACACGUUGGUGCUCCCAAUGCACCUCAAACCAUCACCUGGAGAUCCCGAGAGGUCAAAAUUGAGGAUGCUGCUAUUGCCUUGGCGCUGGCCUCGACAGAUACUGCCACUGCCCGGCUCGCGGAGAAGCUGGCCUCGUCCGAGGUGGUCCUUCCAAAAGAGAUGGCUGCGGCUUACGAUGAUGUCCUCAUUGCCAGCCAGGAUGCUGCAGAUGCCACGAAGCAUUCCAUUGAUGAGUUGAGAGAAGAAGGUGUAUCGCAAAAUGAUGCUCGCGUACAGAGUUUGCAAAUGACUCGAACUGCCGUCAACUACCAGAUGAUUAGCUGGAGAAUUGGCCGCAACCGAGUGCUAAGUGGUGAGCAUGACGGCGCUCUGCUUGACUCAGCCCCUAAUACAACAAGAAAGGCGAAGAAGGAGGCAGUGUCCAAGAAACCAAAGAUAGAAGCGCCUGGUCGAAAGAUCGCCAGACUCAAGGAGAAGGUGGUUCUUUACGACGCUACGCUUCAAAGUCUGGAGUCAAUCAAGGACUUGCCUGGUGUUGCUUCGGAUGAGGAGCUUUUGGAGCAACUGGAUGCGACUUUCAAAUAUUUCCACGCCCUCAAAUGCCUAUCUAUUGCACGUUCACACUCUCUGGCUGGUAAUUCCGUCAACGCUCUGGCGCUCACGAAACAUGCAUUUGGCGAAUGUGAAGAGUCGGCAAUUUUCUUUGCCAAGCAAGAGCCUAGCUCGUCAAAGUCACCUCGCAACAUCGAAAUUCGUAGUAGUGAUAUCGAGUUCCUCCACAGUCUGCUUAAGGGUGAACUGCAGCGAUGUCGCGCGCUGGUGGAGAUCGACAACCUGCGUGCGAAAGCUUCAGGCACAAAAUCCACGAUUCCGCUAGUUGAGCGACUGUACGAAUACCCAGCCGAGGGCGUGGAUUUGGAGAACCUGGUGGCAUAUCCUCCCAAGGUUGAACCAAUUCCUGUGAAGCCACUCUUCUUCGACGUUGCUUGGAACUACAUCGACUAUCCCGGGAAGGCACCUGUCGCGGCGGAGAAACCUAGCGAUAGCACAGAACAGAAGAGCACUUCAUCGGCUCAGAAGAGGGGUUGGUUCGGUUUUGGAAGAAGCUAG